AUGUACGGCCGCUCUGCCGUCCGUCCUCGUCGGCCUCAUCUCGGACUCCGUCGCCACCCCGCAUCCACCGGCGGCGUCCUCGACCUCGCGCGCGAUCGGCUUGAUCACCCGCUCGCCGCCGCGAUCCGCCUCAUCUACGCCGCACGAUCGACCUGGCCGUCGACCGCACGCGCCUUCGCGAGUCCCAUGAAGAGGGUCAUAGUUCGGCGCGCCCCUCUAACGAUCGAGCAUCGGGCUGCCGAUGCGUCGCCCGUCGAGCCGCAGCGCCGCCGCCCGUGGUUCUCACCGCGGCUGCAUCGACCCGCGCGCUGCCGCUGCGUCGCCCCCUACGGGCCGUCGCGCCGUGGCGCGCUGUCCACGCCGCCGCCCCGAGGCCGUUCCCGCGGCUGCCCCGACAUGCGUGUUGCCGCUGCGUCGCCCCUACGGGCCGUAGCGCCGCAGCGCGCUGUCCACGCCGCCGCCCCGAGGUCUUCCCCGCCGUCGCCCCGACAUGCGCGUCGCCGCUGCGUCGCUCCUUCGAGCCGUAGCGCCGCGGCACGUGGUCCACUAUGCCGCCCCGCGCGUUGA